ACGCGGAGUUGUGUGCAAUGGUGGACGAAGAUCGCGAAGACCGCUUGUUCGCGCCGUCAGGCUACCGUCUGCGUCGUCCGUUUCUUCGCUGAGUACAACGGAAUCGUCCCGAUCCGCCGGCUGUCCCGCGAGCUAUCGCGUACCUCUUCACGGAGGUCGCGUCGCGUACGCUGCGAGUUGGCGCGUUCUGCGCCCGGCGUCGUUAGGUAGUGUGCCAUAGUGAUAUAUCUCCGUCGCCGCGCCGUUUUUCGCCCCGUGUUGACGCAGACCUCACCGCGUAUGCGGAUGAGAAGAGUCGAGGAGGACCGCGCGAGUCGGGAGAUCAUCGUCGGCGGCCAGUCCCGAGAACUCGAGACUCGCUCCUCGAGAUUCGUGCGUGCGCGCGCGCGCGCGCGUCUCACGACGCGCUCGCAAGCGUUCAAGGAUAAGCGAGAGAGAGAGCACGGGCGAAACAGACGUCCGAUGGCGAUAUGAUCGGGUCGCGUCGCAACGGCGCGAUCGGAACGAGCGCGUAUCCGCCCGGAACGCGGCGUGUCGCCGAGUGGCCGCUCUAAGUGUCGCACUAUCAGUGCCGUAAACAUCGCGCACGCAUACACACGCGAGCGUGCGCGCGCGCACCAACACGUACGGUGUGCGUCGCUUUCUUUCUCUCUCCCUCUAUCCAUCUCCGUCUAUCCGCUGCCUGCCAGUCCGUCUGUCCGUGUGUACGUGUUGCGCGCGGCGCGGGGACAUACACCGCUCUCACGGCGGCGAAUCUCGGCGUCCGGAAUUCGGCCCCGGUCGCAACUCUGUUAUCGUGGUGCGCGAGUGCGACGAGCGCACGAGCGUGUGUAUCCGAGGAGCGUGUACGUCCGUAAGCAACGGGUCGUGAGCACGACGAAUUUUCGGCGAAUCCGUGGCCCGCACGGGAGGAGUCUCGCGUCGCCUCCGACAAGCGGCCAUCGAGGAGGUUAGAAUUUGUGACGUACGGUCUCUCUGAGACUCGUCACGGCUGGACACAGUGCCGAAGGUAGAGCGGGUUUUGUUGCGAGAAACGGAUUUUUCUGUGUGUCGACGUCGUCGUUCGCGUUGUCGUCAUCAUCAUCUGUCGUCGACGUUGCCGCGAGCACCGCGGUGCGAACGCGCGUUGCGAACUCUGUGAUAAAAGGAGGACCGCGCCGUAAAUCCGACUCGAACGUCGCGGUACGCGCCGCGUUCCCGGGAGUAAACGUGUCGCGGCAGUGGUGAUAGUGGUGGUAGUAGUGGUGUACGGUCGCGCGUGGUAUGAAAAAAUGAUGUGAUCGACGGUCAUCAUGGCGGCACCCAUGCUAAAGUGGAAGCGGAUCACAAAUCCGACGGGGCCCCAGCCGAGACCCAGGCAUGGCCACCGGGCGGUCGCAAUUAAGGAUCUCAUGGUGGUUUUCGGCGGCGGUAACGAGGGUAUCGUCGACGAGCUUCAUGUUUACAAUACGGCCACGAAUCAAUGGUUCGUCCCGUCUACGAGAGGAGACAUCCCGCCAGGAUGCGCGGCGUACGGUUUCGUCGUCGACGGCACGCGCAUCCUGGUGUUCGGCGGCAUGGUCGAAUACGGCAAGUACUCCAACGAGCUGUACGAGCUUCAGGCGAGUAAGUGGGAAUGGAAGCGCCUGAAGCCAAAGCCGCCCAAGGACAAUAUUCCGCCAUGCCCGCGUCUAGGGCACAGUUUCACCCUCAUUGGUAACAGGGUCUUCCUAUUCGGAGGUCUGGCAAACGACAGCGACGAUCCGAAGAACAAUAUACCGAGAUAUUUGAAUGAUCUGUACACAUUGGAGUUGCUUCCUAACGGCGUGACUGCCUGGGACGUACCUACGACUCAGGGCUCCUCGCCGCCUCCUAGGGAGUCGCACACUGGUGUGGCGUACACAGACCGCGCCACCGGCAAAUCUUGCCUGGUGAUCUACGGCGGCAUGAGCGGUUGCCGUCUCGGCGAUCUGUGGUUCUUAGACGUUGACUCAAUGACUUGGAAUAGACCGGUUGUUCACGGACCUACCCCUUUACCUCGAUCGCUCCACACUGCCACUUUAAUCGGCCACCGUAUGUAUGUCUUCGGUGGAUGGGUGCCACUGGUUGUCGACGAUGUUAAAGUCGCGACGCACGAGAAAGAAUGGAAGUGCACGAGCACCUUGGCAUGCUUGAAUUUAGAAACUCUUACUUGGGAACAACUGACCGUGGAUUCCUUAGAAGAGAACACUCCUCGGGCUCGUGCCGGUCACUGCGCAGUCGGUGUUCACAGCAGACUGUAUGUGUGGUCUGGUAGAGAUGGUUAUCGUAAAGCUUGGAAUAAUCAGGUAUGCUGUAAAGAUCUGUGGUAUCUCGAAGUCAGCAAACCACCGGCGCCUUCCAGAGUUCAGCUGGUCAGAGCUUCCACGCAAACGCUGGAAGUCAGUUGGACAGCGACCCCGUCCGCGCAAUACUACAUUCUUCAGAUACAAAAGUAUGAUAUGCCACCGGCAGCGACCGCGGGCGCUUUUCCGCCAGUGAGCGCAUCCACGCCAAACAUCACUCCUGUCACCGCUGCCCCGGCUGUAGCUACACCGGCAACCGUGCCCGUCACGUCGCCUCCUGUGACCACUGUCGCUUCUAUUCCGACUAAUCCGACUUCUGUCAGGUCGACCGUGACACCGGUGACACCGUUGCGAGUACAGUCAACGGUGCAGAGCCCUGUACAGAAGACGGUGCCGCCGCAACAAGUCAUACAGAAAACGACAAGUCCCAUGACCCCAAGGGUCGCUGCCGGCAACGUCAUACGAAUCCGUUCACCGCUUGUCACCACCGCGACUGCGGCAACGGCGGCAGCUGCGACGGCGGUGGUGGUCACCACUGAGCAGCAGCAACAAUCGCAACAGCCACAAACCUCUCCCACUGUGACUACAGCUGUAGCGACGGCUCAAACACCCGCCGCCAUGUCCGGUAUCGCUGCAUUGGCCGCUGCAGCAGCUGCAACUCCAAAAAUUACUAUGAAUAAUGUUCCCAUUUUGCCCCAAGCCGCGACCAAUACUAUCAGAAUGAAGAAUGUUCAACCGGGUCAACAAAUACGCUUCGCGGCGCCCGGUGCGACAGUACUACGCACAGCAUCGCCGCCGCAGAACAAGCAGAUCAUCUUGCAGAAAUCCGGUCAGAACAUAUCCGGUCAAACUGGUAUCGUGCAUCUGCUGAAAACUGGUCAAGUGGCUUGCGGUAUGGUGGCCGCCACGGGACCCAAGGUGAGUCUCAUUCCAAGCAAGGCGGUCCAGGGCACAGGGGUGAAACUUUUGAAUCAUGGGCCAGCGAUACUUCGAUUGGUGAAUCCUAAUACGGUAGCGGGAUCGAAGCUGCUUACGACCAUGAAGACCUCCGGCUUAGUGACGAUGAGCAAGGGACAGAAUAUUACUGGCAAGCAGACCAUAAUGAUUACGAAACCAGGCGGCAAUGGCGGAUUGGUCGGCAGAACCAAUCAGAUCAUUGUUGUCACUACGGGCGCCGGUCUGAGAGCCGUGCAGACAGUUACUACUUCGCAAGCUGGUGCAGGUCAAGGAGCAAAUCUCACUACUCCGGUGAACGUUUUGCCGUUAUCGGCUGCUAAUCACGUAACGAAUCAGCAAGGUGUCAAGAUGAUCGUGGUUUCCUCGGGGGCGAUGGGAGGCGGAACUGCAGGCAAGCCUAUAACCAUCACGGUACCGGGACAAGGUGGUGUACCAAAGACAGUUACUAUUGCUACCAAGGGCAGUCCGCAAGCCAUCUUCAAUCCUGGCAAGAGUCAAAUCGUUAUGCCGCAAAUACAGAAAAAUCCUGAAGCGGUAACAGUGUCUGGAAAACCGGUAACUUUGCAAAUGUCCGGAAGUAUAGGUGCAAAAACGGUAACGCUUAUGCCGACAAGUAGUUCUAUAGUGACUACUUCAAGUGCAUCGGAUUCAAUAGACACUAGUAAGAUGCUCUUUGUUCCAUCGCAGAAGCAGCCGUCGGCUUCCUUAGCCUCCACAUCCGAUGGUCCCGCUACUACUGACGCAGCGUUAGCCGCUCUAGCAGCAGAAGCGGGUCUGAUUGAUCCGGUUCAAGAGCCGUCCGGUGGUCUCUCGUUUAUGGUGGCUACGGACGACGGUGCUGGCGGUGACGGCAAAGUGGAGGACAGUUGUAACGGCAAUGAGGCGACCGCCGCAGCUACCUUGGUUUCCCAGAUGGGCGCCAGUGAGCCGAUGCAAGUUGAUGGUGACGGGAACUUCGUACUUCCGCAGGUGGACGGUCCGACCGACAUUCUCUUGUCUGAAGACGAAGGAAACGACAAAAUUGACGAGGACCCCGCUACAGAGAAUGCCACGGACGCGGCCGUCGAUGAGCCGACACCCAUGGAGCAAGAUGAAGUUAGCGCGGCCGAAAGUAUCCAUGUGGAGGAACCCGCUGUGAGGGAGGAAGCCGCUCCCGAAGCGGCAGCCGAUCCUCCCGAAACCGCCCCCGCUGCCGACAAAGUGCCCGAGGAAGAAGCAGAAACUGCUGCUGAAAAUCCUCCGGUUGACGAAGAGGUACCUAUGGAUACCAGUACUGACAAUGUGGAACUGCCGGAUGAAAAGGAGAUGGAUAUCGGUAGUCCGUUGACUGACGAAGUGAAAGCAACUGAACCUGAAUUGCCUUUCGUACAAUCACCAGCAGCGCAGCCUCCUCCCGAGGAAACAACACCUGUGACGGAUGUUGCCGAUUUGCCAGAGCAGCCCGACACAACCGAAAACCAAAACGAGGGCCAGGAGGAAAAUCAAGAUGAAAACGGACAAACGAAAAGUAUGAAAGUCGAAUCGUGUCUUUCCGAUAACGAAAAAUCGCCAGCGCCUGAGAGUCUACCUGCUGAAGACAGCGCGGCGUCGCAACUCACUCAAGAUGAAGCUCAAGAAACUGAGAAGAUUAAGGACAAGACUGCGGAACCGGAAGCUGAUCUUCCAGUCGAGGAUUCUCCUCUCGUGAAGCAGGAAGACGUCGAUGAACCAAUGGUUGCGGAUAGCGCGUUGCCCGCAAUAGACGUGGCGGAUCAAGUGCCAGUAACAACGCCUGUUAUCGCACCGAACGUGCCAACGAAAUUAGAACCUGCGAGCGAACCUAUAGAACCGAUGGAACAGAAUGACAAAAUUCCCAGUGUACCAAUCUCGUCGAUAAACGGUGUUGCUGCCCCUCUUGACAAGGAGACCGAAAGUCCGCAAAAGGUUCACACUCCUAUAAAAAUCGAUAUCAAAGAGGAUCUGGCAAUCUCAAAGAGGGAAAAUAAUGUGAAGCAAGAGAAGAUAAACGACACCAGAUCAGACGAUGACUCGACCGCUUUAUCUACGUUGGCAAGCGCCGCUUUAGGCUCAACGGAAUCAGUGAAAGCUAAAAACGAACAGAACGAAGACGAGAAGAAGGAUCCGGAGUGGUACGACGUGGGAAUCAUAAAAGGAACCACUUUUACAGUUCAGCAUUACUAUCUUCCUGGCGACGAUCCGUUAGACAUAACGCAACCUUUGACUAUGGACGUUUUUAAAGAAAGAACUAAAAUAUCAUUAGAGCCGGGAACUGCCUAUAAAUUCAGGAUUGCUGCCGUGAAUAGCUGUGGACGAAGUGCCUGGAGUGAGGUAUCGGCGUUUAAAACGUGUCUUCCAGGAUUUCCAGGUGCGCCAAGUGCUAUAAAAAUAUCGAAAUCCGCAGAUGGCGCACAAAUCUCUUGGGAGCCACCGCCUAGCAAUGUCGGUCCCAUUCUUGAGUAUUCUGUCUAUCUGGCGGUGAGAAGCACGGCGUUGAACAAUGAUGGCGAAGCGAAAACAGUCGUGUCUACACCAAAUCAAUUAGCCUUUAUUAGAGUUUAUUGCGGCUCGAGUAAUUCCUGUUCGGUGAACAAUAGUGCCCUUAAUGCCGCUCAUGUGGACACCACUACGAAACCGGCCAUAAUCUUUAGAAUAGCAGCGCGAAACGACAAGGGUUACGGACCAGCCACGCAAGUCAGGUGGUUGCAAGAUCCCACCACUGGUGUGAAGAGUAAUCCGCAAUCUGUGAAGAGAGCCGGCACAGACCUACGCACGCAAGUGAAUUCCCCCCAAAAGAAGUCAAAACAGGAGAUAACUAGUGAUAAUUUCUCGUGAGCCUGUUCUCUCCCUGGCCUCGUACAGCCGAAACUCCCACAAGCGAAGCUGCUAUUACAUUAUUUAAUUUCCGCUGGUCCACAUGCCUAACGAUAAACAAAACAAUGUACUAUCGAGUAAACGACGUGAUAUUCAAGUAAACGAAAAAAAAAAAAAGAAAUGAAUACGCGAUAAAGAAUGUGUAAAAGGGAGAAAGUGAGAAGAGAAGAAAGAGAGGAAGGAAAAUAAUUAGAAAGGGAUGAUCAUAGUUAUACCGAGAUAUAACGUAUAAUUUGAAAAUAUUUGAGAAAAAAAGUAUUUUUAGUGUUCUCUCUGUACGAAUACAACGUCCUUCUGUACCGCCACGUUUCUUACUCACCGUCAUCCUAUUUCUUUCCUCGCGAGUGCGCGAGAAUCUUCUGUAAAGACAACAUGAGUACCGUUAAUAAAUGGCGAAGUGAUUAUUUUUUUGGAGUUAA